AGCUGACAACAGAUGCAGAGACGAGCCACAAGCAUUUGCAGCUGCAGCAGCUUCUUCAUGGUCCUCAGCACCUGCGGCAACUAUAUUCAGAAACGAUCCAAGACUUGAAGUUUUGUCAAACCACCAGAAAUGGGCCAGAUUUAGCAGUUUGCUGGCUCUGAGAGUAGCAUCCUGAGCUCAGUUGAGCGACACAUACACAGAGAGUGAGAUAUACAGAAAAUAUACACACCACGAUGUUCUCGAGAAUGAACACUGGAGCAGGUGUGUGGGAGGAUGAGAAUUUGAAUGCGUUUAAGGCAAUGCUAGAUGAGGAAUGGUAUCCAAGUAAUAGCAACAGUAAUGGCAAUGUUGCUAAUAAUCUUAGUCAUAACCAAGAUGUUGGAGGCUGUUUUAGCAUGGAAAGUAAGGAUUUUGGGUGUUAUUCUGGUCUUGUGCAGCAGAAUACAGAAGCCAACAUUCUGUUGCAGGCCAUGAAUUCUAAUUCUUCCUCACCCACGUCCAUUUUUAGCCUUGAUACUUCCAAUGUACAGUCUUUUAUCUCAGCCCACCAAAGCCACCAGCAGCAGAACCACCAGAAUGCAUUGCCUUCGCUGUGUGAUGUCGUGGGUUCAAGCUCCUUUGAUGCUGCCAGUAGCUGUGAGGGAUUUACAAACAACAGCUAUUUGUAUGGGGGAAGCCUGUUUAACAUGAGACCUGGGGGGUUCCAGGUCCCGGGGUCGAGUCCCCGUAGCAGCUCCACGCCCAGUCUUAGCCCCCACAGCCAGCUUUGCACCCCUAAUCUUAGCCCUCGGUUGAUGCCCAAUACGACCACUGGCUCCAAUAUGCUGUUUACUAAUGCUAAUAGUCUCAGCAACCUUCUGGGAAUCAACAGCAAUGGCGGCAGCAGCUGCUGCUCUUUAGGCCCAAGCAAUGUGCUGAAUCCUCCAUCUCUUGGUGCCCCUGCGGCUGCUCUGCAGCCCGCCAAGGCUCGAGUCCCAGUGCUGAAUUUCAGCAGGUCAAAGACGCUGAGACCUCUUGAGGUUUAUCCUUCGGUGGGUGCCCAGCCUACUCUGUUUCAGAAGCGGGCUGCUCUCAGGCAUACUAGUGCUAGUGCAGGGAGUCCCAACCCCAAUAAUAAUAGCAAUACUAUUGGUCCCAAUGGGAAAGGAAAAAGGAAGCUUAUGGUAUCUAGUGCUGCUGAUAAUAAUGAUAGGAAUACUGUGAGGGAGGAAGAUAAGAGAGAAGAGGAAGAUAUGGAAGAGAGCAUUGAUGGCUCUGGAUUUCAGUAUGAUACAGAUGAUGCCACCAAGGUCGAGCUUGAAGCUAGUGGUGCUGAUGACGGUGGAUUGGGCUCUGCAGGGAAUAAUGCUAGCAAUAACAAUAGUCUUAGUGUCGAUAAGGGGAAGAAAAAGGGCUUACCUGCUAAGAACCUUAUGGCUGAGAGGAGGAGAAGGAAGAAGCUCAAUGAUCGGCUCUACAUGCUUCGCUCUGUUGUUCCCAAGAUCAGCAAGAUGGACCGUGCCUCUAUUCUGGGAGAUGCAAUUGACUAUUUGAAGGAGCUUCUGCAGAGGAUCAAUGACCUUCACAACGAGCUUGAAUCUACCUCUCAGGGACCUGCUUUACCUGGGUCUUCUAGCUUCCAUCCUCUGACACCUACAACUCCUGUUUUACCUUGCCGAGUGAAAGAAGAAUGCCCAUCUUCAUUGCCAAGUCCCAAUGGACAGCCUGCAAGGGUGGAGGUGAGGAUAAAAGAAGGGCAUGCUCUAAAUAUCCAUAUGUUUUGUGCUAGGCGACCUGGAUUACUGCUAUCCACAAUGAGGGCACUGGAUGGACUUGGACUUGAUGUGAAGCAAGCUGUCAUUAGCUGCUUCAAUGGGUUUGCAUUAGAUGUAUUUCGAGCAGAGCAACCUAAAGGAGAAAUUGCGCCUGAAGAGAUUAAAGCUCUGCUUCUACACACUGCAAGCUGUCAUUCUGCAAUGUAGCUCAAGGAGUAUCCAUGCCUGCAGACUUUGUAUACUAUGGCCUUAUUACUCACUUCAUACUGGCUUGGUCCCAGAAAACGUUAUCUAAGCUACAGGAAUCAAAACUGUUCAUUGUGGUUGAAGGAGGGGUUCCAUAUAAUGUUUUCACGAAGGCUGAGGCUGGAAUAUAUGAUGGUUUCAUUAUGUCUUCUUGAAAGGAAGCUAAGCGUGCUUCCAACAAUUGAAAAUGCAAAUGGCACAAGGACAGACUUGCUUGUGAUACUGCUAACCCAAAUGCCAGAAGUUUGGCAUUUGAAAAUGCCACCCUUGGGGGAGUACUUUGUGAGCAAGUCUGGAAAUCAUGUAAUAUGUUUAUUCAUUCCAAGUAUCGUUGGUUUUCUGACAUAAAAUUAGAUCACUGUUACCUUUGUAAAUGUGUUCUUCGUAAAGAAGUUCACUGUUGCAUUCUUUUCAUUUCUUAAAUAGGCAUAUCUUCCUUUUUAAAUGCUUCGUAGAAGAGGCUUUCUUGUUACUUAAGUCUAAUAUAUGCAUGCAGCAAGCACAUUGCUUUCGAUUUC